GGUUUUUUUGUGUUUUUUUUUAUUUAAUGGUAGAUAUAGUAAAUGACAGUCAAAGGUUUGAUUUUUUUUAUUUUUCCUUUUCCUGGACAAUUAUGGGCCUUUUUGUGUGUCUAGUUUUUUUGUUUUUUGAAUUUCAUGUUAGAUAUAGUAAAUAACAAUAAAAGAUUUGAUUUUUUUUUCAAAUUUUCUUUUUUCUUGGAUAAUUUUGGGUCUCGGGUUUUUUUUUUUUGAGUUUCAUGGUAGAUAUAGCAAAAAAUAGUGAAAGAUUGAAUUUUUUGGACAAAUUGAUUUUUAAACAGAGAGAGAGAGGGAAUGAUUUGUAAACUUGAUUUUGUUUGAAUUUUUCUUUCUCUUGGACAGAUUUUUUGUUAUUUGCUCAAAGAUUUGUUUUUUAUGGACAGAGUUAGGUAAGAUGGAAGUGAAGCCGAGUAGAAAGAGACAGUUGGAAUUGGUGCCGCAUGAUGGGGGUGGUGGUGGUGGUGGUGGUGGUGGUGGUGGACGUGGAGGAGGAGGAGGAGGAAGUGAAGGGGGGGUGGUUUACAAAUUCAAGAUUUUGUUACCGAAUGGAAUGACUGUGAUUGUGAGACUGACUGAUCCGAAACCUGAAAUGUGGGUGCAAGACUUUAUUGGUCUGGUUAAACGAGAAUAUACUUUAGCUCAAAGAGAUUCAUCACCUUUGCUGAAAAAGAAAAGAACUUUGAACUGGGAAAGUGAAAGUUGGUUUGUGGAGGAUGGAAAUGGUAAUUUAAUGAAGCAGAGGCUUAAGUUUAAGUCUUUCAUGCCGCAUAAAUGCCACAUCCUUCGGCUUCACGAUGGAUCCGCUGAGGUUACUGAUACUUUUGAGAACAUGUGGGAUUUGACUCCUGAUACCGAAUUACUUAGGGAGUUUCCAGAAGAGUAUACCUUUGAGACCGCACUUGCUGAUUUAAUUGAUAAUUCCUUGCAAGCAGUAUGGUCUGUUGGUGAAAAUGGGAGGAAACGGAUCAGUGUGGACAUUAUGAAGGAUAAGAUUUCAAUUUUCGAUACUGGUCCUGGAAUGGAUGCUAGUGAUGAAAAUUCUAUAGUGAAGUGGGGAAAGAUGGGAGCCUCACUGCAUAGAUCAUUCAAGGCAAAAGCAAUAGGGGUCAAACCUCCUUAUUUGAUACCUUAUUUUGGCAUGUUUGGAUAUGGUGGACCGAUUGCUACCAUGCAUUUAGGGAGACGUGCUUUAGUAUCUUCCAAGACAAAGGAGUCAAGGAAAGUCUUUACUCUACAUCUUGAGAGAGAGGCUCUGCUCCGCAGUUCUGGUUCUGAACCAACUUGGAAGACUAGUGGAGGCAUGAGGGAUCCUUCAGAAGAUGAAAUUGGAAAAUCCCCUCAGGGAAGUUUCACAAAGGUUGAGAUAUUGGAGCCUAAAGUAAGAGACUUGGACAGAUUUCAACUCCAAUGCAAGCUGAAGGACAUAUAUUUUCCUUAUAUUCAGUGUGAUGAGGUGUCCAAAACUGGGAAGACUACCAGACCUGUUGAAUUUCAGGUUAAUGGUAUUGAUUUAGCUGAGAUUGAUGGUGGGGAGGUGUCAAUUACCAACUUGCACUCUUGCAAUGGUCCAGAGUUUGUUUUUCAGCUUUGCUUUUCCAUCAAACAGGAUGUUGCCUCAACCAGAAGCUCAGGUUCAAGGGCGUCUCAAGAAGCCAAUGCACGUAUAAAGUGUGUUUAUUUCCCCAUUUCUGAGGGAAAAGAGAGUAUUGAAAAGAUAUUGGAGAAUUUGGAAGAUCAAGGGUGUGGAAAUGGAGAAAGCUUUGAGACCUUCACACGUGUCUCUAUUCGGAGGCUUGGCCGUCUACUUCCAGAUGCUCGUUGGGCAUGUCUUCCUUUUAUGGAAUUCAAGCAGAAAAAAGGAGAUAAAGCUCACAUAUUGAAGAGAUGCUGCUUAAGAGUUAAAUGUUUUAUUGAGACUGAUGCUGGUUUCAAUCCUACACCCUCAAAGACUGAUCUAGCACACUGCAAUCCUUUUACAAUUGCUUUGAAGAACUUCAGCCAUAAGAUGCCUGAGAAAGAAAAAGAAGUUAAUGUUGACAUUUCAAGGAAUGGUAAAUUGUUAAGUCCUUCACAUCUGGAAAAGGAGUAUGAAGAUUGGAUUCUUGAGAUGCAUUCUCAAUAUGAUACAGAAGUCAGUGCUGGUGAGGAUGAUGGAGUUCUUGUUGUUGGCCCCACAAACAAAAUACCUGGCAUUUCAUCUGAUGUUGUGAGAGUGCGUGAUACUUUGACGAGGAAGGGAGCAAUUUGGAAACGUGGUCAGAAAAUAAAAGUUUUAAAGGGAGCUGGCCCAGGGUUCCAUAAUAAAAAUGUUUACCUAACAUUAGAACAUUUUUUGAUUGAAGGAGUUCAAGGCGAUGCUGGUGGGGAUGCUCGGAUUAUAUGCAGGCCACUGGACAUUGCAGAAGAGAAUGGCUGUGUGCUUUCAGUUAAAGAUGAGAUUGCCAGAUUUGAUAUUCGCAGCUCUAUAUCAAUACCUAUUAGUAUGAUCGACUCUGGGAAGUGCCAAACUAUUGAAAGUUCUGAGUGGAAUUGCCAACUUCAGAAGCAAAGUCAGAAAGCUCCCUCUACGAUUGAAGUGCUUGGAAGAAAACAUUGUCAAGAGUUGGAGAUUGAUGGGGGAUUCCCUGCUGAAUCUACAGUUGAAGCUGGAUGCACUCCUCCAACGGAAAUAGUGGCAGUUGUUCGGCCUGGCUGUUAUGUUUCUUCCAGUCAUUCAAAGAUUUUGGACCAAAAGUAUAUUGUCAAAACUAAUUUAGAGAUGUCUAUAGAGGUUAAAAUCAGAAAAUCAGCAGAGGAAUGCCAAAAUGUAGGGCAUAUAUAUUCAGCGCGCAUAGGUCCUUCUUCUCAUAAAGGAUUUGAUGGCUUGUAUAUUUUUUCACUGGGUUGCAAGUUUCCUAACUUAUUUAAAGAGGCUGGUGUUUACACUUUUUUAUUCACUCUUAGUGAUAAUAAUUGUAAAAAAUAUGAAAAAAGAUUGAUGGUCAAGGCAUCUCGAGAGGUUGGAAAGUGGAAGCUUUUGGGUGAUAUACAGGGAAAACCAUGUGUGAGGGUGGGUUCACGAUUUCCAUCACUCUCUAUUGGAUGUCUUGACAUCUACGGCAAUCAAAUCCCAUUUAAAUCUGUUCCAGAAAUAACUGUGAGGCUAGAUUCAAUCAUGGGUGUGCUUGCUGAAAUAGACAAAUUUAAGAAAGGCCUUUCUUCUGAUAAAUUGGCCCUUAAAGUUCAGAAUAUGCUAAUUGUGAGCGACAAGUUGGAUAGAAUACGGCCAGAGUAUGAAGCCACUUUGGUGAUAUGCCCUGUAGAUGGGUUGGUUUCAGUUUCUAUUCCGUGUCAAGUUAUGCCUGGAUCAGUACAGCACAUCACAGGCCAACCACCAAUACAGGAAAAACACUUGCUUCCAGGUUUUGUGGUGAAAGAACUUGUGUUAAAGAUGCUUGAUGCUCAUGGUAACCACAUCAAAAAAGGUUUGGAAGUUCAGUUGAAUGUGGAUGGGUUUCAUAUCCUUGAUAAAGAAGGUUCAAAGCGUAAGGUGGACAAGGAUGGAUGCAUUGAUCUCAGUGGUGUCUUGAAGGUAACAGCUGGUUUUGGAAGAAUAGUAUCAUACUCUGUUUCAUAUCAAGACAAAGUUGUUUUUAAGCAAGAGCUUCAAACUGAGAAGAGGGAGCUGAGAAUUGCAUCAAAGCUACCAGAGUUUCUUACAGCAGGAUCUGAUCUGGAAAAUAUAGUUUUUGAAGUUGUCGAUUCUCAGGGUGAUGUUGAUCCUCGUAUUCAUAAUGAAGAGAAAGCUGGCCAGUGCCAUUCACUAACUAUAAAGUCAGAUUCAUUUAAUUUACAGGAUGCUAUUCAGUAUACUUUGAGGCAUGGUCGCUGCGCUAUUCUGGCUAUUCGAAUCCCUCCAAUUGAAGGAAGCUUUUGCUUUAUUGCUGCUCACUCAUGUUACUCAGAGCUGCAGCUGAGGGUCAUACUUCCAGUCAUGAAAGCCCCAAUAGUGGAGUGUGAUGAGAAUUUAUCACCAUAUUCAAGCAGAAAAGUCCCACUGCUUCGGGACUCAUUAUCCCUCGAGCAUACUGAAAGCCUAAUGACGCCCAUUGAAAAUAAUGAAAAGGGACUAGUGGAUGACAUUGAAAAAUAUGGUGAGCGAAUUGGAAAUUCUGAAAGGCAACUAAAAGUCCUGAAUGAAAAAAAGACAGAAAUUGAGGAGUACGUGUCUGGACUGCAAGCUUCCAUGGAACGAACCUUGAACAAUUCAAACUAUGUGCUUACUAAGGAGGAGAUCCUGGUACAAAUUGAAAGCAGGAACCAUUCUGCAGCAUCUAUUCUUUGCCAUUGUUAUAGAGAUUUAUCAUCGCAAGUACCACAAAACCAUUUCAUGGAGGGUAUAUUCGGGUUGGUUGCCCUCCUUGGAACUGUUCGCACCAACAAGCUAAGCAGGAUAUUGGCUGAGUUCUUGGGUGAAGACCAAAUGCUUGCUGUUGUGUGCAGAUCCAAGGAAGCUGCAAGUGCUUUUGGAAAAUCUAUUUGUGGUCGUUUUCUUGUUAUAUGCCUGGAGGAUAUAAGGCCUUACACAGGGGAGCUUGAAUGUGGUGACCCACAGAGGAAACUAAAGCUGCAAGAUCCUACAUUACAAUGUGGGAACGUGCCAUCAGGUUUCAUUGGGUAUGCUGCCAAUAUGAUUAAUAUAGAUACCCGAGAUAUGAACAUAAGCACAGCAUCUGGAUAUGGUCUUCGAGAAACUUUGUUCUAUCGUCUUUUUGGAGAACUUCAAGUUUAUGACACCAAAGAACAUAUGAAUGAAGCCGGUGCUUGUAUCAAACAUGGUGCUGUUUCUUUAGACGGUGGGAUCAACCGAGUCACUGAAAAUGGAAUUAUGUCUCUUGGAUGCUGGGAUUCUGAAAUUUGCUUUCCAGUCGGGACCUUGGAGAAUGAGAUGAGUCCUGCUCCAGAGAGGAUGAAAAUCCAAAUGCAACUCGAAGCAGGCAUGGAAAUGUUGCAAGAUAUAACAGGACAGAUAGAGCUUGUGACCAGACUGCGUGAAAAUGCUUUAAAGAAGUUGAAGAAGAAAUCCAAGAAUUAUAGCAAACUUAUGGAUCAUGUAGAGGCAGUGGAGUCUCUGCGUAAUAGGAAAUAGUUGGUGUGUUUUGUAGAUAAUAGGUAUUUGACCCUAUAGGAUAUUUUGCUGAUAACAAACAAGCCUCAUCAUCUUAUAUAUCUGAAUGCACUUCCCCCAUAUGUUGCUGGUAAGCAUAUUGUAUAGUGUUAGGGUUUUGUAGUAUAUUGAUGAUCUUUGAAGUUUAGUUCAAUACUUUGCUUGUUUAUCUCACUAUAGUAAAAAACUGAACAUUUCCGUUUCAA